AUGACUUCGAGACGUAUUUUGAGAUCAACAACGAGAAAAAUGCGGGAAGACAAGGAAACAGAAAAUUUUGCGGACAGCGAAACGGAAACGGCGAGCGAAACUGACUCCCCCCCCAAACAAAAUACUCCCGGCCAAAAGGAUGCGCAAAACAAGUCGCAUAUUUUGGAAGCCACUAUCCAGAGGCAAGAAGCAAUGCUUCGUGCCUUCAUGGAAAUCACACCUCCAGAAAAAUUGAAAUUAUUAAAUUUCGAUUCAUCGUUGCCACUCCCCCCUAAAUCACAACAAGGCACAGCGAACGCAUCUCUGCCCUUGUCCAAGCAGAGUGACCGAGAAAAUGCACCCAGUGCAAAUUCAAUAUUGCAGCAGUAUUAUAAAACGGUAAAGAAAACUGUUGGCAAUUCGGAAAAAUUAACGGAAAAUUUUUCGGAAAAAUCAAAAGACGGAACUUUUGAUAUUAAUUCGUUUAUAGGGACAAACAGCCAAAUGAUUAAAGAUCGAAACGAAUUAACAGCAUACGACGAAAUGCUUAGAAUAGAAAGGGAAAAAUUGCGUGAAAAAGAAAAGCGAUUAGAAAUCGAACAUAGGAAAAUUGUGCAGAAAAAAUACAAACCGUCAGCACAUAGUUCGGUAAACAAAAAUAAUCAUAAUAACAGUGAUUCGGAAGAUAGUUUUCGAACAAAAUUAGAUAAUUAUUUCGAGUCAGACAAACGCAAAAUGAGGGAAAAAAGACAAAAUGUCCAAUUUAAAAAUAAAAGUAAAAAUCAAGAAUUUAACUACGAAUGGCCGAACGAUAGUGAAAUAGGAAUCGUAGACGAACCCAAAAGUUUAGGAACUAUUUCGAAAGAGAAAAACAUUAAUUUUCAUCAGGAAUUAAAAGAAAAAUCAGCAGAGCUAGAUCAAUUCAAAAAUGAAAUAUCGAUACGCGAUAAGGAAUUAGAUCAACUUAGAUUAGAAUUAGACCGAAUGAAAAUUACGAUGGAAAAUGUAAUAAAAAAUAAAAAUCCAAAUUUUGAAGAAAAUAGCACGGAAAAUUCGGAAAUUGAAAAUCCAAAUGCCCAAGUAGACAACAAUCGACAUUUGGGAAACUUCAAUAAUCAUUUUCCUUUUGGCAUGUUACAAACACCUUUUCAAAUCAUGUCAAAUUGGCCAGUUAAAUUUCAUAAUAAUAAAACGGACAACCCAGUUCAAUUUUUAGAAGAAUUAUUUAGAUUUAUGCGAGGUUACGAAAUCCCGGAAAAUCGUGUGUUAGAAAAUAUCGACGCAGUGUUAGCGGACGAAGCCCUGGAAUGGUGUAGAACGGUUCGACACAAUUGGUUUUCUUUACAAGAUUUUCGUGAAGAAUUCGAAAGAACAUUUCUGGACGAAAAGUUUUACGAAGAAAUCAACACGAAAAUAAAAUAUUGCAAUCAGAAAGAGGGAGAAGAAAUUCAAACUUUUCUGAUUGGGAUAAGAAAACUUUUUGCAAGAAUUUACCCGCGAAAAGGUCUACAGUGGGAAUUACGUCGUGCUUAUGAAAACAUGCGAAUAGAAUAUAAAAUGUACAUUCAAAGAAACGAUUUUAAAAAUUUCGAGGAAUUAGAAAGUUUAGGUAAAGAAUUCGAAAUUGAAAGAAAUAAAUCGAAAAUUCGCGGACAAACGUUAACAAUCACAACAGACAAAAAAGAAAACUCGACUAGUGAUAAACCGAAACAAAACUCAAAUCAGGGAAAUUCUAGAGGAUUUGGUGGAAGUUCGAAAUUCCAUUCAAAGUCUUCUGGAAACUAUCAUAGAAAAUGGUCAAAUGGCCAACCGAAAGUAACUUUUCCACCGGACACAACUACAAACGGUAGUAACGGUCAGAAAAUGUUGGAAAAUUCUUCUGAAAACCCAAAUCCAGAAAAUAGUCUUCAAGUAAUAAUACCAAACCAUUCUUCUGCAGGGAAUGGAAUUAACAAUGCCAAGACGAAUCCAAACGGAAAAAAUAACCAGAAAAAUUUUUCUAAUUCACCAAAAAAAUGUUACGGAUGCGGAAAAGUAGGUCAUUUUCGUAGAGAUUGUAGGUCGGAAAAUCAGGGAAACGAGUAG